AUGGGGGCAGAGGGUCCCACACGGGUGUUGCUGAAACCACAAGAAGUAUCUCCUCAGGAGUUGUUCUUGCCAGACCUCGUGGAGUACUGCAGCACCUCCGGGAGAUUGAUCGGGGAUCCUACCUCAGACGAGAGCGGAAUCGUGCCAUUGUUCUGUAACGAUUUAUUUAAUGGCAUCACACAAAACACAGAGGAGAAGGAGUUUGAAGUGAGGUUCAGCAUGUUGGAGAUCUACAAUGAGGUAGUUCAUGACCUGCUCAACCCCACCAAGAGCAAGAAAGGCCUCAAGGUCCGCCAACACCCGAAGAAAGGCUUCUAUGCUGAAGGCCUCAAGCUGGCUCUGGUCACCAACUACAACGAAAUUGAGCAGAAGAUGAACGAGGGCACCGUCAACCGCACCAUCGCCUCCACCAACAUGAACGCCACCUCAUCCCGCGCCCACACCAUCGUUGGCAUCACCGUCAUACAGAAAUUCAAAAACAAUGCUGGACAAGAAACAGCAAAGCAGGCCGUUGUGAACUUGGUGGAUCUGGCUGGCAGGUGUGUGUGUGUGUGUGUGUGUGUGUGUGUGUGUGUGUGUGUGUGUGUGUGUGU